GUAAUUUUUCCAUUUUUCUGAAUAAAAGUUCCAAAGAAGAGAAAAGUCGUGUAUUGCAGUAUGUUUCAUAGCAGGAUAAAUAUCUUGGUUCAGAGAUUAGUGGUUUAAAGAAUGCCAUUCGUAAUCUCAAAAAUAAGAAAACACAUAAUAUCUUUGAAGUUAUAUAGGUUAGGAAACCUAAAAAAAAAUAGUUUAUGGAUUUUAUCUUUGAUUUUAUCCAGUUUCGAUGAAAAGUAGAGUUCCGGGGAGGGCGUACGCCGAAUGGGUGAAAAUAGAGGGGUGUGAAGAAAGGUUGGGAUUCGUCAGUACGGAGCAUGCGUGGAGGGUUGGCCGUCCUCUGUAGUGCGUGCGUCAUGUUUUGUCAAAUGCUACCGAUCUUUUUGGAAAAAAUAAAAGUAUAACUGAAGUUUACACAACUGAAGACAUGAAGAAGGAAAAACCAGUCGACUACAGUCGGCCCUAUAAAUUAGCCCAUCAACUUUUAAGUCUUACUGGAAUCAACUUUGAAACUAAAACUAUUGUUGGUCUUGUAGAACUUACAAUCAUUCCACAGAAAAAUACACUAUCGUGUAUUAAACUGAAUGCAAAGCAGUGUAGAGUUUACAAUGUAAUAUUGAACAAUGAGGUGGAGGUGCCUUUUCGAUAUUUUGAUCCCUUCCUAGAUAUCUGCCAAGAAAAUCCCGAGCAGCGAUCACUAGAAGCUUUCUCCAAGCAACAUCUGGCUGCAGCUGAAAAAGUCAACCCAGACGCUAACGAAGGAGAACUAGUCAUCUAUAUUCCUAACGAUCCAAAAGUCACUUCUUCAGUCUCGAAAGGUUGCCCCUUGCGCAUAGGCAUCGAAUUUGCACUCGAAAAUCCCCAAGGUGGAAUUCAUUUCGUCCUAGUACCCAAGAAAGAUGACCAGGAUAAGAGAUCACACGCCGAGCGCGGUUCCCACAUGUACACCUCCAGUUACGAGAAUUCCUCGCGACUCUGGUUUCCCUGUCUCGACUCCUUCGCGGACCCUUGCACUUGGGAAUUGGAGUUGACAGUCGACGCUUCUAUGAUCGCCAUUUCCUGCGGGGAUCUUCGAGAAACCGUCUACACUCGCGAUAUGAGAGGAAUAACCUACCAUUACAUCCUGAACACACCAACUUGUGCUCCAAACAUCGCCUUGGCAGUGGGACCCUUCGAAGUUUACGUUGAUCCCAAUAUGCACGAAGUCACUCACUUUUGUCUUCCACAGCUCCUGCCCUCUCUAAAAGCUUCCACGAAGUAUGUCCACGAGGCAUUUGAAUUCUUUGAAGAAACUCUGUCAAAUCGAUACCCAUAUUCCUGUUACAAGCAGGUGUUUGUCGAUGAAAUCGACGAGGAUGUCAACGCCUACGCAACAAUGAGUCUCUUGAACACGAAUCUCCUGCAUCCAGCGCCAAUAAUCGACCAGGUCUACUUAACUAAAAGGGCCAUGGCCCAGGCGAUUGCAGAACAAUUCUUUGGUUGUUUUAUCUCAAUGCAAAAUUGGUCUGACACGUGGUUACCGAAAGGAAUCUCGACUUACUUAACUGGUCUCUACGCGAAGAAAUGCUUUGGAAACAAUGAGUACCGGGACUGGAUUCACUCCGAACUUCAGGAAGUUGUGCAAUAUGAGGAGCAGUUUGGAGGGAUAAUUCUUGAUCCAUCACAGCCUCCAGCUUCGCUUCCAAUGGGUGAGAAUAUUCAUAGUGCAGUUCCAAGAUCAGCCGAUCCUGGAUUCUACUUCCCGAUUCGAAACCUCCACACGAUGUCCCCGAAGUACUUGGAAGUUUUAAGGAAGAAGGCACAUUUAGUGAUUCGGAUGCUGGAGCUCAGAAUCGGACAGGAACUUCUCCUCCAGGUUUUCAAUAAACAACUUUCGCUGGCAGCAAACGCGGCUCAGCAGAAAAUCGAUUCUGGUCUAUGGUUCCAGAUGCUGAUCAGCACGAAUGUUUUUACGAAAGCGAUUUUUACCGUUACGGGAAAAGAUAUGGCUGUCUUUAUUGAUAAGUGGGUUAGAACUGGAGGUCAUGCCAAGUUCAGUCUGAGUUUUGUUUUCAACAGAAAGAGGAAUAUGGUUGAGAUAGAGAUUCGGCAAGAUGCGACCCAUCAGAAAGGAGUUAAGAAAUAUGUUGGUCCUCUUGUGGUUAACAUUCAAGAACUUGACGGGCCUUUUAAACACACUUUGCAAAUAGAAGGAACAGUUUCUAAAGCGGACAUCACUUGUCAUAGCAAAAGCCGAAGGAACAAGAGGAGGAAGAUUCCCCUUUGCACUGGGGAAGAGGUUGAAAUGGAUUUAUCAGCGAUGGAUGAUUCUCCGAUUCUGUGGAUCAGGCUAGACCCCGAUAUUACUUUUAUGAGAUCUGUGCAGAUCCAGCAGCCAGAUUAUCAGUGGCAAUACCAACUCAGACACGAAAGGGACGUGCCUGCACAGAUGGAGGCGAUCGUAGCUUUGAAGAAUCACGCGACUCCAGCGACGAGAAUGACUUUGACUGAUACCAUAGAAAACGAGAAUUUCUACUACAAAGUGAGGCUCAGAGCUGCGCACUGUUUAACUAAAGUGGCUAAUUCGAUGGUCUCUACUUGGGCAGGACCUCCGGCAAUGUUGGCGAUCUUUCGGAAAUUGUUCGGUUCUCUUUCUUGCAGGAGAAUCGUUAGGGAGAAUAAUUUCCAGAACUUUCAGCACUAUUUUCUGCAAAAGACUAUUCCUCUCGCGAUGGCUGGUUUGCGAAACUCGCAUGGCAUUUGUCCGCCGGAGGUACUGUCAUUCCUAAUGGAUUUGUUGAAGUAUAACGACAAUAGGAAGAACAGUUAUUCGGACAACUACUACAGGGCUGCGUUGAUUGAAGCCUUGGGAGCGACCCUCACUCCGGUUAUGAGCUUUCAACAAGGAGCUGAAGUCACUGCGGAGUCUCUUUCCCCUGAGAUCACAGCAAUUUUGGAAGAGGUGACGAGGAACUUAAAUAUGGAGAAGUUGCUCCCUUGUUAUAAAAAUACAGUGAGUGUUGCUUGCCUCAAAGUAAUUCGGACUUUACAGAAGCUUGGGCAUGCGCCAAACAAUCCUCAUAUUUUUAGAGCCUAUACGGCUUAUGGACUAUUUUUUGAUCUAAGAAUUGCAGCUUUAGAAGCUUUGGUGGAUUUCACGAGGGCUGAUGGCAAAUGGCAGGAUCUGAUGUUUCUCAUAAACAUUGCGAAGAAUGAUGAACAUCCUCAAGUGAGGCAUCGAUUGGUUCGACUCUUGAUUGAGAAUCCUCCUUUUCAAAGAGCCCGUAAACAUCCUCUGGAUAAGCCCGAGUUGGUUGACACGAUUUGGGACUUGAUUAAUAAUGAACUUUCCCAUGAUGCGAAACUGAGAUGCGACUGGGUCGAUUUUUACUAUGCCUUGUAUGGAUCAAAACGGCCACUUUGUCUUCCGGUGAAGGAACUUGAGAUGCUGAUGAAACCCCAAAAACUUGAAGUGAGUUCUGUAGGGAAUUCGCAGCCUCCUGUUAAAAAAGACGCGUUCGAGGCAGAUAUGAGUCUUAAGAGGAAAGCUUCGCCUGCUAGGGAAGUUCCGGGAUCGUCUGUUUUGGAAAGUCUCAGUGCGAAGAGGAUUAAGGCGGACAAAAAUUCAGGAAACGAAGUGAAAGACAGGUCACAUAUCCAUAGUGAUAAUUCGGCAUCUCUUCCGGGGAUCAUGGGAACACAGGGCCCUGUUGGAUUUGAACCGGGGAUGUUUAAGAAGCAAGAUGAGCAUAAAGGGAAAGGAGAUUCGGGGAGUAAGGGUAAAAAGAAGAAGAAGGACAAGAAAAAACAUAAACAUAAGCACAAACAUCAUAAGCAUGGCGUGGAUAAGGAGAAGAAAGAGAAGGAUAAAAGCAAAGAGAAAGACAAGAGUAAGAAUAAGGAGAUAGAGAAAAUCAAAGAGGAUCGGGUUGAAUUGAAGAUUGUGGAAGACACUCUUAGUUCUGGGAGCUCAAGUCCUAAUAGUCAAGAUACUUCAACUGUAGAUAGUGAAUUCAGUUUUCCCCGUUUAUAAUUCUUUGAGACUUUGCAAGAAUUAUUAUGUAUAUAGAAUUGAAGUAAUAAUAAUGUAAAAAAAUUGCGAUAGGUUGUUUUGAGAUUAUAUGAUUGUACCUAUGUGAUGAUAUAAUUAUAUUUAUUAAGAUUGUGUUCUUCUUAUGUAUUUUAUACUUUUUAUA